GUUUACCUUUUAUUCACCCCCGUUGCUUUUUCCAUCGGUCGAGUGCUCACACUCGUGUCCGCACCAGUGCAUUUGUUAUGAGCACGCUGACCUGGUGGACUGUCGCGCCCGUGGGUUCCAGCACGUUCCCAGGGGCCUCCCACAUGGCAUGUGGCUGCUGGAGCUGGGGGGAAACAACCUGACUGAGAUUGGUACCAGAGCCUUCAGCAGACUGUGGUCCCUGCGAGUGCUGGUGAUGACAAACAGCCAGAUACAUGAAAUACAACCACAGGCAUUUUUCUCAUUGUCCUUCCUGGAGAAGCUGGAUCUUAGUUGGAACCAGUUAAGCUCUCUCCCUGUCGACUUCUCAGCCAGUCUGUCGGCUCUCAGAGAGCUGCGACUGGAGCACAACAACUUACAUUAUAUAUCUGGAUACAGCUUGGAGUAUCUGGACAACAUGGAGAAACUGGACCUCAGUUAUAACCAGCUGGCGUCGGUUGGCCCCGGUGUGUUCAGGGGCCUCUCCAGGCUCAGACAGCUCUACUUGCAUAACAACAGACUGACUGUGGUGCAGCAGGGGAGCCUGGAUAUGUUGCCUGGACUAGAGGUGCUCCAGCUGAGUCACAACAACAUCUCUAAGAUAGACAACGAUGCUCUGGCUCCUCUCUACAGUUUGGCAGUUCUGGCUCUGGAGGGAAACAACCUGCAUCACCUGAAGUUUAAAACCUUCAUCAGUCUGCAUACAACAGCUACACACAUCCAGCUGUCAGGAAACCCGUGGAGCUGUGACUGCGAUCUGCAUCGCGUCUUCAGUAAGAUCCUGCACGUCCGCCACCUCCACAUCGACGACUACAGGAAUGUGACGUGCCAGGACCCGCCGCAGCUGACCGGGGCUUCGCUGGCCUGGGUGGACAGCCAGCUCUGCAUCGCAGAGACCGCCACCGUGCUCGUCAUCACCAUCACCGUGCUGGUCACUGUGGUGGCAGCUCUGGUGAUGGCUGAGAGGAACAGGAAGAGGAACCAUGGAAAGAACUGGGACACUGAGUCACAGAAUCAAACUUAGAGCUCCUGAGAGGCUGUAUGAUAGACAGAGAGAGGAAGAGGAGGAGGCAUAACAGUGUGGAGAACUCCCUGACUUGACAACCACAAAGAGCAGAUCACAUGAUAAUGUUAGCUGGCUACGUCCAAUCACAAGAUGUGUUCACUCACAACCUGUUU